AAAUGGUGGAAGACUUGCUAUUUGUUAAAUGCAGAUACCACGUUCCUGUUGCUUCUAUUUAUAAUAAUUACACUUGAAUUUCGUCGUAAAUUGUAAAGAUUAGAAUUUAUUUCAUAACGAUGUUCAGUGUUUUUUUAUUUUUCCCGUGAGAUUUAGUUGUUGGGAUAAGUCAAGAAAAUUAGUGACUGGCAGGACAGUGCAUAGCAACUGAAAUAAUAUUAAGUUUAUUGGUUUUUAAGUACCAUGUCUGAAAUGAAACUGAACGAUCUAAAAGUUACAGAUUUAAAAAAUGAACUUGAAAAACGUGAUUUAGAUCGUACUGGUGUAAAAAGUGUACUUCUUGAACGACUGAAAAAUGCUCUGAAAGAUGAAGGACACGAUCCCUCUAGCUACAUUUUUAUCUCAUCCGUGUCUGAAAAGCUCACUUCAAAACAUAGAAGCGGUGCUGUAGAUCCGGUGGUGGAAACAAUUGACGAAAACGUGAAAAUUAAAGUUGAAGUAGAGUCUUCAGACGAAACCGGCGGAGGAAAUUUGGGUGAAACUGACGAUUCAAACACUGCUACCGGUAAUCCAUCGGAACUGGAAGUAAUUACCCCGGAAAUUCAGGUCAAGGUUGAAAAAGCAUCUCCAAAGAAAAUCAAAAAAGAAGAUGUUCCUGAAACAAAUAAUGCAGAAACCAAAGUUUCAACGGAUUCUGCUAGUGAAGUGCCGGAAAGUGUUGACUCUGUAAUUGAAGUUAAGGUUGGACCAGGUACUUCAGAUCAGGAUAUCAACGAGAACGCUGAUGACACAACCGCUGAUAAUCCGGACUUCAAUUCUACCGAGGGUGGUGAAGGAUUAAACCCUGAAGUAAAUACAAAAGAGGAUGGCAAAGCAGCACCACAAACCACCGAUAAUCCGGACGUCAAUUCUACCGAGGGUGGUGAAGGAUUAAACCCUGAAGUAAAUACAAAAGAGGAUGGCAAAGCAGCACCACAAACCACCGAUAAUCCGGACUUCAAUUCUACCGAGGGUGAUGAAGGAUUAAACCCUGAAGUAAAUUCAAAAGAGGAUGGCAAAGCAGCACCACAAACCACCGAUAAUCCGGACUUCAAUUCUACCGAGGGUGGUGAAGGAUUAAACCCUGAAGUAAAUACAAAAGAGGAUGGCGAAGCAGCACCACAAACCACCGAUAAUCCGGACUUCAAUUCUACCGAGGGUGGUGAAGGAUUAAACCCUGAAGUAAUGAAUAUGAAGAAAGAUAAGUACAGUAAUAACAGAAAAAAGUACAGUAAUAACAGAAUAAAAGUAGAGUAAUCUGAGUUUUGACGG